AUGACUCAAGGGGCUCCAGCAGACUUCAGUCUGCUUCGCUACAGCGCCGGCGACGUUCUCCACUUUGUCUUUGCGAAUGGUGUCCGUCGUCGAGUGAGCGCCGAGGGUGCACCUCCGCUACCAGGACUCUCCAUGGUCGUGGAACUGCAGGAAAAGAAGGUCGUCCAUGACAAGCUGCACAAGUGUGGCACCAUAGACGACCCCCUUUAUCUCGAGGAUCUCUCGCACAUCGGCACACAUGAGCAGUGGUGUGCGCACGCCCAAGCUGCGUGUGCGCUUGCUAAGAACGCCGUGGCACGGUGUUUGCAGCGCCGCUUGGAGGUGCGAGCACGCCGCUACGGCGAGGCAGUGGUGCAUCUGGCGCAAGCUUCCCCCUCACUCAUGGACAGUGAACAAAUGGCCUCAGCGACCGCUGCCGACAGCCUAUCGAUGGCCACAGCUCACUCCUCGUCCUCUCACACGUCGUCGCGGCAGGAGCAUCCCCGAUCCUCAGUCAAUGCGGAGAGGUCCACCGAAGAGGAAGUUAGCUUUCCUACGUCGAACGAGGCAAGCGAGGUAGAGGAGGAGGAAGAGGAUCUCGAGACCCACCUCUUGCAGCAUCCUACCCUCGAUGGUGACAUGGCUGCUGCAUGGCUGCGGCGCCGCUACCUGCGCUGCUGUGACGUUAUUAGCAUCGGCCCCAGUGUUGCGGUGCGUGACCGACUCUCGCAGUGCGUGCGAGUCACGCUAAGCGGCACUCUAGGGUCCUCUGCAGCACGAAGGACGGGAUCACCGCUUUCGCGCGUUCCUGACGCCCCCGCGACUCUUCUCUCCACACCUGGCGGGCAGAGCUGGAUGUCCUUUCCCGGGAUAAUGCUGCUGCUGCGCAAACUGUGCACCGUUCCGUACGAGGUGAACGCGGACUUCACCGGGUGCACUGAGGUUGGACAACAUCCUCGUCAUUUCAUUGCGCUGCUUGGCGUUCUUGAAGGAUGCCGCAAUAUCGUUGUCUCUCUCAAUUUUGCCAAGACGUGCCUCAGCGAUGACGAGGUGCGGGUGUUAUGUCUAUUCUGCCACGCCUACUUGCGCCGUCUGCAGAUACUGGACUUGAGUGGCAACAAGAGAAUCACAGACAAGGUGGCUGUAUGCCUCAAGCAACUUGCAGCCUCGUCACCGCUGCUGUGCCGACUGGUUGUGCGAGGAACGUCGCUGAGCCGUGCCAAUGUCCGAACAGUGGGGGGGAUUCUCUCUCGCAAAGCACUGUGA